AUGGAGCUUCUAGCUCCAGCAAAUUCCUCAACGGCAGCAGCUGUCACAUUCAUCACAUUCGUACAAGACCUCAAGAAGAAAACGAAAACAUGGGGUCCGAUGAUCGAGCUCUGUGCUAACGGAGAGAAGACGCUAGAACGAUUUAGAUACCAGUUUCCCGACGAUUGGCUUUACAGUGACCAACUGAGAGGAGAGUGGAGUGCUUACAAUGAAAUUUUGAAACGAAAGAACGAUUCUAUCCAGGAGCAACUUGCUGGUCUACAGCUCAAGAUUGUCGCUGAGGAUAAGAUUGUGGAGAACAAAAUUAACGACAUUAUUACCGAAUGGGAGCAGACUCGACCCGUACAGGGCAACAUCCGCGCUGACACUGCUAUGAACACUAUUAACGUUUUAGAGGGCAAAUUAACUCGGGUUCAAGAGGACUACGACUUGGUGUGCCGCGCGAAGGAGGCGCUAGAUCUGGAACUCACGAGACACACGCGUCUAGAGCCAGUAUUUGAGGAAUUGCGCGACCUCAAGGCCGUGUGGACUGCGUUAAGUGGGAUUUGGAGCCAAAUUAGUGACUUGAGAGAGAUGUCGUGGGCCACGGUACAGCCAAGGAAGCUCCGGCAGCAUAUAGAUGGUCUGUUGAAUUCAACGAAAGAGAUGCCGACGAGAAUGCGACAGUAUGCGGCGUUUGAAUACGUUCAGGAUGUGCUCCGAGGGCUACUCAAGUCGAACCCCAUUGUAUCGGAUUUGAAGUCAGAGGCGCUGAAGGACAGGCAUUGGAAACAGCUGUUCAAAGUAUUGAAACUCCCUGCCCAGAUUAGCUUGACGCUGAUGACCCUAGGUCAUGUUUAUGACUUGGACCUCAAGAGAAACGAGACGCUGAUUAAAGAAGUGAUCUUCCAAGCACAAGGAGAAAUGGCGUUGGAGGAAUACAUCAAGCAAGUGAGGGAGGUUUGGACUAAUUACACGCUUGAUCUGGUCAAUUAUCAGAAUAAAUGUCGUCUAAUCAGGGGUUGGGACGACCUUCUCAACAAAUGCAGCGAGAACUUGAAUUCGUUGACAGCGAUGAAAUUAUCACCGCAUUACAAAGUCUUCGAAGAAGAGGCAGGCUCAUGGGAGGAGAAGCUGAACCGAAUUCAUGUGCUAUUCGAUGUCUGGCUGGACGUGCAGCGACAAUGGGUAUACCUCGAGGGCAUCUUCUCUGGCAGCGCUGACAUUAAGCAUCUGCUUCCAGUCGAGAGCGCUCGUUUCCAGAACAUCAAUGCCGAGUUUCUUACUGUCAUGAAGAAAGUUUACAAAUCGCCGUUCGUCGUUGACGUGAUGAACAUUCAGGGGAUUCAGAAGAGUCUUGAACGACUCGCAGAUCUUCUCAACAAAAUCAAGAAAGCCCUCGGAGAGUACCUGGAACGAGAGCGUUCCUCGUUCCCUCGAUUCUACUUUGUUGGUGACGACGACCUACUCGAAAUCAUCGGAAACAGUAAAGAUAUCCUGCGGAUCAUGAAACACCUCAAGAAAAUGUUUGCAGGCAUUUCAACCAUUAUGCUUGAUGACGACCUUACGCAGAUUCAGGGUAUGGCUUCAAGAGAAGGAGAAGAAGUCAUGUUCACGGAGCCCAUCCUCUUGAAGGACUUUCCCAAAAUCAAUGAUUGGCUCGCAAAGAUUGAAUCGUCGAUGCAAGUUUCCCUUGCAACUCUACUUUCCGAAGCAGUCGGAGAACUCCAGACUUUCUACGGCACGGGCUCCAACCUUAAGAUGGAAGAGUUUGUUGCUUGGAUGGAAAAAUAUCCUGCACAACUGGUUACGCUGGCUGUUCAAGUUGCUUGGACAGCCUCUGUGGAGGUGGCUCUUGAGGCGACAUCAGCUCCCCAACAGGCAUUGGACACUGUCAACCAGGCCCUCGACCUUCUUGCUGAUAUAGUGCUGCAAGAAUUGAGUCCUGUCACACGACGGAAAUGCGAGCAUCUCAUUACUGAUCUCGUACACCAGCGUGAUGUUACACGGUCUCUGCUUCAACAGCAGGUCAUGGACAAGAACGGUUUCACUUGGUUAUACCAAAUGAGAUUCUACCUUGACAGGAAUAUCUCAAAUCCUCUCGACCGUCUAACCAUCGAAGCUGCGGAUGCCAUCUUUCCUUAUGGCUGGGAGUACCUGGGUGUCCUAGACAAACUUGUCCAGACACCGCUGACUGAUCGUGUGUAUCUCACACUUACGCAAGCUCUGGACAACCAGCUUGGUGGUGCACCUUUCGGUCCAGCUGGAACUGGAAAAACCGAAUCUGUCAAGGCCCUCGGCGUACAGUUGGGUCGAUUCGUACUGGUUUUUUGCUGCGACGAAAACUUCGACUUUAAAGCUAUGGGUCGUAUUUUCGUUGGUCUAUGUCAAGUUGGCGCUUGGGGCUGUUUCGACGAGUUCAAUCGACUAGAGGAACGAAUUCUAAGUGCUGUGUCCCAACAAGUUCAGACUAUUCAGCAAGGUCUUGCAGCGCUGGUCAAGAACCCUAAUACUGAAAUCGAGCUGGUCGGAAAGAACUUGAAGAUUAACAAGAACAUUGGAAUCUUCAUUACCACUAACCCUACCUACGCUGGGCGUUCCCAGUUACCUCCGAACUUGACAAAAUUGUUCAGGCCAAUGGCGAUGACGCGUCCUGACCGAGAGUUGAUUGCUCAAGUCAUGUUGUUCUCGCAAGGUUUCCGUACUGCUGAAACUUUAGCGUCAAAAAUCGUACCUUUCUUCAAUUUAUGUGACGAACAACUGUCACCACAACCACAUUAUGACUUCGGUCUUCGAGCACUGAAGGCUGUCCUUGCUAGUGCCGGUAUACUUAAACGUGAACGGCUAUCGAGCGCUCGGGAGAAAGCGGAUGCAGACGAUGCUGCUAUUGGCCUUUCCGACGCAAUUUCUGAACAAAUCAUCUUGAUUCAGAGUGUAACGGAGACUAUCGUUCCCAAACUUGUUGCAGAUGAUGUGCCUCUGCUAACAAAUCUUUUAGCAGACGUGUUUCCGGGAGUAGAUUAUAUGCCAGUCGAUUUAGAUCGCUUGCGAGACGAGAUCUACAAAGUGUGCAAAGAACGUAGAUUGGUAACAGGAGAACGCUGGAUCGCCAAGAUUUUGCAAUUGUAUCAGAUUCAGAAAAUUCAGCAUGGUUUGAUGAUGGUUGGACCUUCAGGAACUGGCAAAACCAAUGCAUGGCGGGUUUUGUUAGCUGCUUUGGAACGGUUUGAUGGUAUUGAAGGUGUUGAUUACGUCAUCGAUCCCAAAGCUAUGCAUAAAGACGCACUAUAUGGAACUCUGGAUUCAACCACUAGAGAGUGGAACGAUGGACUAUUUACGCACAUUCUCCGAAGGAUCGUCGACGAUGCUCGUGGAGAAAGUGGAAAGCGCCACUGGAUUAUAUUUGAUGGAGAUGUUGAUCCGGAAUGGGUUGAGAACUUGAACAGCGUCCUCGACGAUAACAAACUCCUCACCUUACCCAAUGGUGAGCGUCUCAACCUCCCUCCCAAUGUCCGGAUCAUGUUCGAGGUCGAGCACCUGAAAUACGCAACACUCGCCACUGUCAGUCGAUGCGGUAUGAUAUGGUUUAGCGAUGAUAUUGUUGAGACCUCAAUGGUGUAUGAAAACUACCUGAGUACCCUAUCCACCACACCCAUUGACUCAGACGAAGAAGACGCUGGUGAUGCACUCGCCCGCCGAAACAACGAAGUCUUACCCUCGGAUGCUGCUGCAUCUGCUGCUUUAGAAACCCAGAAACAGGUCGCAUCAAUUUUGGAACGAUACUUUUCCGAAGGGGAUUUGGUCAGCUCGGCUCUCGCUUUUGCAGAUUCGAUAGAGCAUAUCAUGGAUUUCACUACUACCCGUGCCUUGAACACGCUAUUCUCCCUCAUCAACAAGACUGUGCGUAAUAUCAUCGAAUAUAACUUCCAGCACCCAGACUUUCCAUUGCCUCCCGAACGGGUCGAGCAAUACGUUACCAAGCGCUUACUCGUUAGCAUUGUGUGGGCAUUCUCCGGCGAUGCAAAGCUGGAUUUGCGUGCUGAGAUGGGAGAUUUUUUGCGAAACCAUACUGGAAUAGACUUACCGCCUCUGCUUCCUGGUAGCUCCCUCAUUGAUUACGAUGUCCAAGUGUCUACUAGCGAGUGGGUAGCUUGGCAGGGAAGAGUGCCUACUAUUGAAAUUGAAGCUCAUGCAGUCACUGCUGCAGACGUCGUUGUGCCGACUAUGGAUACCGUACGCCAUGAAGAAGUCCUUUAUUCCUGGCUCUCUGAGCACAAGCCCCUUAUGCUUUGUGGACCUCCAGGUUCUGGAAAAACGAUGACGCUAUUUAGCGCCCUUCGGAAAUUACCGGAUAUGGAAGUUGUCGGCCUGAACUUCUCCAGCGCCACGACACCGGAACUCAUAUUGAAGACCUUCGAGCAGUAUUGUGAGUACCGCAAAACACCUAAUGGUGUGAUACUGGCUCCCAUUCAGAUCGGAAGGUGGCUUGUCGUCUUCUGCGAUGAGAUCAAUCUCCCUGCAGCAGACAAGUAUGGUACUCAACGGGUCAUUUCCUUCAUUCGUCAGCUCGUUGAAUCUGGCGGGUAUUGGCGUACAAGCGAUAUGGCCUGGGUCAAGUUAGAACGAAUCCAAUUUGUAGGCGCCUGCAAUCCUCCUACUGAUCCCGGGCGUGUCCCGCUUAGUCAUCGUUUCCUACGCCACGCGCCUUUGGUGAUGGUGGACUAUCCAGGCGAAGUGUCAUUGAAGCAAAUCUACGGUACAUAUAAUCGGGCAGCUCUAAAAGUCGUACCUAACCUACGCACUUAUGCCGAGCCUCUGACGGAUGCUAUGGUCUCUUUUUACCUCGCGUCGCAGAGGCGCUUCACUACCGAUGCUCAGGCACAUUAUGUCUACAGUCCUCGUGAACUGACUCGGUGGGUCCGAGGUAUUUACGAAGCUAUUCGUCCUUUGGAGAUUUUAUCGGUGGAGGGCCUUGUGCGUGUAUGGGCUCAUGAAGCUUUGCGGCUUUUCCAAGAUCGAUUGGUAACUGAAGAAGAACGUGCCUGGACGGACGAGAACAUAGACGUUGUUGCCUUAGAAUACUUCCCCACUAUCAGCAAAGAUGAGGCGCUUCGCAGACCUAUCUUGUUUUCAAAUUGGACAUCCAAGGACUAUAUUCCUGUGGACAGAGAGACCCUGCGCGAUUACACCAAAGCUCGUCUGAAAGUCUUCUAUGAAGAAGAAUUAGACGUCCCUCUUGUUCUGUUCAAUGAUGUUCUGGAUCAUGUACUCCGUAUAGAUCGAGUCUUCCGCCAGGUGCAGGGACAUUUGCUGCUCAUUGGAGUCAGCGGAAGUGGAAAGACAACUUUAUCUCGUUUCGUCGCUUGGAUGAAUGGUCUGAGCAUAUUCCAAAUCAAGGUCUCGAAUAAAUACACCGGCGACGAUUUUGAUGAAGAUCUGCGGACUGUUCUUCGUCGGGCGGGUUGUAAAGGGGAAAAGAUUUGCUUCAUCAUGGAUGAGUCUAACGUUCUUGACUCAGGUUUCUUGGAGCGCAUGAACACUCUCCUCGCAAACGCUGAGGUUCCUGGUCUAUUCGAAGGCGAUGAAAACGCAGCUCUCAUGACCGCUUGUAAGGAAGGCUCUCAAAGGGACGGUCUCAUGCUUGACUCCCCUGAGGAGUUAUACCGGUGGUUCACGCAGCAAGUCGCUCGUAAUCUUCAUGUGGUGUUUACCAUGAACCCUCCAGCGAACGGACUCGCAUCUAGGGCCGCAACUUCUCCCGCUUUGUUUAACCGUUGUGUUCUCGAUUGGUUCGGCGAUUGGUCUGACCAAGCAUUCUAUCAAGUCGGAAUGGAGUUCACUCAAUCUCUUGAUUUGGACCUAUCGUCGUACAAUCCGCCGGCUCUUUUCCCUAUCGUGUAUAGGGAUCUCUCCAUGCCUCCGGUGCACCGCGCGGCUGUGGUCAAUGCGCUGGUCUAUGUCCAUUCUUCACUCCAUCAAAUCAAUCAGCGCUUAAGUCGGCGACAAGGUCGGUAUAAUUACGUAACACCCCGUCACUAUCUGGACUUCAUCAAUCACUAUGUCAGACUUCACGCAGAAAAGCGCGAUGAGCUCGAAGAACAGCAGCGUCACUUGCAUGUUGGUCUUGACAAGCUCAGGGAUACCGUCACCCAAGUUGAAGAGCUUCGCAAGAGUCUCGCAAUCAAGCGGUCUCAACUAGAGGCUAAAGAUGCUGAGGCUAAUGAAAAGCUUAAGCGCAUGGUUGCCGAUCAACAAGAGGCCGAGCAGAAGAAAUCUGCCUCCAUUGAUAUCCAGGCUGCUCUAGUUGAGCAAGACAAACACAUUGAGCAGCGCCGAGCCAUCGCUACUGCUGAUCUCGCUGAUGCAGAGCCUGCAGUUCUCGAGGCGCAAUCGGCAGUAGGCAACAUUAAACGACAGCAUCUACAAGAAGUUCGUGCCAUGGCAAACCCUCCAGAAGCCGUAAAGCUGGCAAUGGAGUCUGUUUGUACCAUCUUGGGUCACAAGAUAGAUAGCUGGCGUACCGUCCAGGGUAUAAUUCGUCGCGACGAUUUCAUUCAGCGUAUUGUGAACUUCGACACUACCACACAAAUGACUAAACCGCUUCGCGAUCUCAUGAAGAGAGACUUCCUCAGCCGUCCUUCCUAUAACUUUGAGACCGUCAACCGUGCGAGUAAGGCCUGUGGACCAUUAGUCAAAUGGGCCCUGGCACAGGUCAAGUUCUCGGAGAUCUUAGACCGAGUCGAACCUCUGCGUAACGAGGUACUAUCCCUUGAACAGCAGGCAGAAACUACGAAAAAGCAAGCUUCUGCCAUCAUUAACAUGAUUGCAGAGUUGGAAGGGAAAAUUGGGAGAUACAAGGAAGAGUACGCUCUUCUCAUCAGCGAAACACAGGCCAUCAAGUCCGAAAUGGAACGUGUUCAAAGUAAAGUCGAUCGUAGCAUGAAGUUACUUGAAAGUCUCUCCUCUGAGAGGGGCCGAUGGGAAGCUGGAAGUCGUACGUUUGACGAUGAAAUGUCCACUAUUGUCGGUGAUGUGCUUCUUUCUGCUGCUUUCCUGGCCUAUGGGGGAUUUUUCGAUCAGCAUUAUCGUGAGGUGAUGUGGCAGGAGUGGUCUAGCCAUCUUUCUGAGGCCAACAUCAAGUUCAAACCGGAACUCUCCUUGACCGAAUACCUCUCAACGGCGGAUGAUCGCUUGAACUGGCAAUCCAAGUCUUUACCUUCCGACAACCUCACUACCGAAAAUGCUAUCAUGCUUAAACGAUUCAAUCGCUACCCACUAAUCAUCGACCCUACUGGUCAAGCGACUACUUUCCUGAUGAACGAAUAUAAGGAUCGGAAGAUCACUAUCACUAGUUUCUUGGAUGAGGCUUUCUUGAAAGUUCUGGAGAGUGCUCUCCGCUUUGGCAACCCUCUUCUCAUUCAGGAUGUAGAACGUCUCGAUCCUAUCCUUAAUGCUGUCCUCAACAAGGAAAUUCGCAGAACCGGAGGACGUGUGCUGAUCCGUUUAGGCAGCCAAGACAUUGACUUCUCUCCUUCGUUUACGAUGUUCCUUUCCACUCGAGACCCAUCGGUGGAGUUCUCCCCCGACAUUUGCAGUCGCGUCACCUUUGUCAACUUUACUAUGACACGUAGCAGUCUCCAAAGUCAAUCUCUCGACCAGGUUCUCAAGGUAGAGCGCCCCGACACCGAGCGUAAACGCACUGAUCUCAUGAAGAUACAAGGCGAAUUCCGCCUGCGACUUCGUACUUUGGAGAAGUUGUUGCUCCAGGCUCUCAAUGAAUCCUCUGGGAACAUUUUAGACGACGACAAAGUCAUCGACACUCUUGAAACUCUCAAACGUGAGGCUGCUGAGAUUACUCACAAAGUUGAGGAGACAGACGUAGUCAUGAAAGAAGUCGAACAAGUUACUGCAGAGUACCUGCCUCUCGCUCAAGCAUGUAGUGCGGUCUUCUUUGUCCUGGAGCAAAUGAAUGUGGUCAAUCAUUUCUAUCAAUUCUCCCUACAAUUCUUCCUAGAUAUCUUUGACUACGUUCUCCAUCAUAAUCCCAACUUGAGAAACAUCUCAGACUACAACCAACGGCGAGAUAUUCUUCUCAACGAUCUUUUCCUAGUGGUCUAUAAGCGGACCUCCCGUGCUCUGCUUUACCGUGAUCGAGUCAUGCUAGCCGUUCUCCUGGCUCAAGUGAAAUUGCGCGGAGUAGAAGAAAUAUCUGACGAAUUGGAGUUCCUGCUCGAAAGUGGAGAUAAUGUCUUGGCUUCUGCAUCUAGCAACGAGGAUAUUACAUUCCUCACUAUGGAACAAGCUCAGCGUCUCGAAAGUUUCGCAAAGAAUCAUAUCUUCAAACCUGUAGUACAGCAUCUCCGCGAGCAUGAAGAUGAAUGGAGAAGUUUCUUAGAAUCCAACACACCUGAACUAUCUGUACCAACUCCCUGGGAGGCUAGCACUCCUGCAGUGGAGGCGCUUCGUGCAAUGCUAAUUAUCAAAUGCUUGCGUCCAGACCGCCUCUUACAGUCCACUGCUCAAUUUGUACACUAUGUAUUCAAUACCGACGUGUCAGCCCAAUCUGUGUAUGAACUGGGUGCUAUGGUUUCAGAUGAAGUUCCUGCCGCGACACCUCUGGCGUUAGUUUCAGUCACAGGCUACGACGCAAGUUAUCGGGUCGAGAACCUGAUCAAGAAUACGGGGGCACGUUCGUCUUCCGUGGCCAUGGGUUCUCAAGAAGGAUUUUCACUCGCUGAUCAAGCUAUUGCUUCUGCUGCUCGGCAAGGCACUUGGGUAUUGCUGAAGAAUGUACAUCUCGCUCCAGAAUGGCUCGGCCAGCUCGAAAAGAAGUUACAGACAUUGAAUCCUCACCGAAACUUCCGGCUCUUCCUCACCAUGGAAGCUAACCCAUCCAUUCCUGUAAACAUUCUCCGGCAAUCUCGUCUACUCAUGAAUGAACCUCCCCCUGGCAUUAAAGCAAAUCUUCUUGAUUCUCUGCGAAACAUUGCGCCCUCCCGUUUAUCACAAGGACCUGCCGAAAAGGUUCGACUAUACUUCCUUCUUGCCUGGUUCCAAGCAGUCGCGCAGGAGCGACUCCGAUAUGUGCCUCUGGGGUGGAGUAAGGUGUACGAUUUCAACGAUUCGGAUAUGUCCUCUGCUUUGGACACUAUUGAUACUUGGCUUGGAGCAGUUUCAAAAGGGCGCGCGAAUAUCGAUCCCGCUACCAUCCCUUGGGAUGCACUUCGCACACUCAUCAAACAAUCAGUGUAUGGAGGCAGAGUUGACAGUGAAUUUGAUCAGAGAAUUUUAGAUGCAUUCGUAGAUGCUCUUUUUACUCCAAACGCAUACCAUGUAGACUUCGACCUAGUCCCAAGUUUAACUGGUCAGAAAAUGCUUGGUGUACCAGACGGGACCAAGAUUGAUCAGUUUUUGUCUUGGGUGCAACAAUUACCAGACCGCGAGCCUCCUUCAUGGCUCAGUCUUCCUCCCACAGCGGAACGUGUUAUUGCAAUUGCGCAAGGCGAAGAGCUUCUGGGUAAGCUCCGCAAAAUGAGAAUGCAAGCUGAUGAUGAUGAGGAAACUAUCACUGCCGCCACAUCCAAGUCACAAACCUCCCAGCAGCCAGCAUGGAUGAGGCAGCUGCUUGAUCGCUGUAAGGAAUGGCUCGCUCUGCUUCCGGAGAAAUUCAAUACACUGCCCGCACAAUCUGGCGAGAGCCAAGAUCCUUUGUAUCGACUAUUCUCUCGGGAGGGUGCCAUUGGUCGACGUCUCCUGGGUCAAGUGCAAAGGGAUCUAGGUGAUGUUGUCAAGGUUUGCCAAGGCGAACUCAAACAGACAAAUCACCUUCGUAGUCUCAUGAGCUCAUUAACCAAAGGGACUAUUCCGAACCAUUGGCGAAUCUACAAGGUUCCGAAGGCUAUGGCCGUUUCAGGGUGGGUAGCUAACUUCGCUAAACGACUAGCUCAGCUCGAUAACAUUGCUGGUGUCGACAACCUCAAUAAUGUUGAAGUAUGGUUAGGCGGCCUCUUCUUCCCUGAGGCGUAUAUCACCGCUACUCGACAAGCGGUCGCACAUCGUAAGAAAUGGAGUUUAGAAACGUUGAACUUGACGCUUGAUAUCGAAAGAGUGAACGAUCCUGGGGCAUUUAUCCUUGAUGGACUGGCUCUCGAGGGGGCGUCUUGGGCAACUGACAAGUUGGUGCUCAACAAUGGUGAAGUGGUUCGGCUCAAUCCAUCCCAGAUUCGCUGGGUGCAGUCGGAUGAUAUCGCCAGAGGAAAUCUGGUCAAUCUUCCGGUCUAUCUCAAUAACGACCGAAGCGAUGUGAUGUUCACAGUCGACCUACCUUUCGACUCUAGCGCAGGAUCGCUUGUGGCUACUAGGGCAGCGUGUCUUACUGCAGCAGGCUAG